GUCCUUACAAUAAUUGGCCACAAGUACAGGUGUAGUGUUCAAGAAGUUGGAACCAUCAACCUUCAGUUUGAGGAACUGUCACCGCUGCGCUGGAUCUGUUCGAGCUUCAUAGAAUUACAUCACAAGUUCUACGUUCUACUAAACUGUGAACUGAGUUGAUUGAGAACGCAGCUCUUCUGAAUCUGAAUAUUCCACCAACUGGUUAAGUUCAUGCACUAAUCAGUAAGAUGUCUGACACUGCCAACAUCACACUGCCAUCUUCCUCCUACAGGACACCAUCAGGGCUGGCUUAUCUUAAACUUCCUGUAGGCAUCAUUGAAAUUCUGGAAGUGGUUGCCUGCCUUGGAGCUCUGUUGGGUAUAGCAAUCCAACCCGACAAAGCAGAUAAUGAGUCGUCAUACUGGCAUCUGGAGGCAGCGUGCGGAAGCUUCCUGGCCAUCACAGCGAUCCUCAUCCUCCUCUAUGUCCUCGAUGUGCCCCAGAAGGCGACCCGCUUCCCUUGGAGCAUGCUGCAAGUAUUCUACUGUGCUGGAGCAGCUAUAGCUCUCAUGUCUCUAGCCGGUCACGUUGCUGCCAAUACCUUCGGGCAAGCUGGACUCAUCGUUGGUGUCAUCCUCUCCUUUGUUGCCAUGGCACUGUACUUCAUCGAGAUCUUCUUCGCCAUCCGUGCCUGGAAGCGCAGCAUCAUCGCCGAGACGCUCAGACUGGUCGAAGAGGGGAAGCUUGGAGUUAGUGCGCCCCCUUCAGACAUGAAAGAGAACAACACUGUCUAGAGCUUUUUAAGCUGAGGCCAAUUCAGCUCUCGUAGAAGGGCAUUUUUUAAUCAAAAGGGCACUUUUGAAAUUUUCUAGCAUUAUACAGACAAAAAUAAAUUGAUUUGUUUCAUUAUAAAGAUAUCAGAAGAUAAAUCAGUAGACGGCUGCUGAUUUUUUUUUUCUUCAUUUAAUUAUAGAUGAAAGAAAUCACGUAUGACAUCUGCCUAAUUUCCAUUUAUUAUCAAAAAGAAGAAGUGAUUAUUAAAUCACUUCGAGUGACGGUUGAUUUGGCACUGGUAGCACAUAAAUGAUUACCCCAGAAUAAAUCUUCAUUGAUUGAUGUAUGAGUAAUAGGCUUGAAACUACUGUCAAAAUUAUGCUUUUUUAAGAAUUUUUUUUUAAUCAUUUCUAAAUGAUUUUGUUUUUGUUUCAAAUCAUUGAAUGAUUGUAAUUUAAAACUGCUAAUGCUACAUGUAUGAAACGGAAGUAUUUCUCUAAUUUUUUUUUUGUUCUUCUCCAAAUCAUAAAAUGAUUGUAAUUGUGUACUGCCAAUAUUUUAUGUAUGGUGU